CUUCCACUCACCAGACAGGGAUACUGCCCUUUCACUCCAAGUGCUGGUAUAAUGAACAUUGCUUUCCAGAAAGAUUGAACGAAAACCGUGGACAGCCCAGAAGGACAGACAAUCCAACGUAGUCUCAGUGAUCCCCCCUAGAACCUCACCCUCUCGCGCGUCGCGCCCGAGCACGACGAAAGCAGCAGGCGACAUGUCGAUUGGAAGAGAAAGCAGGUCAGGCGCCGCAGUGGCGGCGGGUGAUGCGGUUGCACGGCCACUCGCCCUGGCGCUCGCUCUCUUCUCGGCGAUGCCUCGCGACUCGCUCUCGCAGGGAUUGGCGCUGCCGCCGCCACUGCCUCCGAACAUGACGUGCGACGGCGUCCCCUAUCCCUUUGGUGUCAGAAACAAGUCUCUGAGCGGCUUCGAGGUGAUAUGUGGGCCAAACAAGGAGGCCAUGCUGCCCAUCGGCGAGCACAGGUACAAAAUCAACUUUGUAUCGCCGGAAAGCUACGUGGUCAUCUUCGCGGGGCCCAUCUGGCAGGUGUGCUACGACCGCAACGGCAAGCCGACGCCGACCACCGGAACCGGGCCUAUGAACUUGGAAGGGACGCCGUUCACCUUCUCCAAGAGCAACAAGCUGGUCAAUAUCGGUUGCAACUACGAGAUCGUGGCUAACUUCACCAACCCACCUGGUGAUUUCAGUCCCUGGCCAUACGCCAGCUGCACCACCUCGUGCUACGGAAGCUCCAACGCCAUCAUCAACGGCUCUUGCUCUGGGGAAGCCUGCUGCCAGAUCGACAUCCCGGGCCCGGUGAACGGCGCUCAGGCGUUCACCCUAACGUUCAACAGAACCAUGGAGAACGUUUCUAGUAAGGAGUACGGCACCUGCAGCGCUGCGUUCUUCCUCCGCAAGGAUGAGCAAGUCUUCGACGGCAGUAACGAGGGGAAGAGGCCUCUGAAAGAAGCGUUGUUGCCCCCAGGUGAGCGCAGGAUGAUAUUGGAUUGGGCGAUUGGGCGCGCCACCUGCGACCAAGCCCAGAGCUACACCGUCGAGUCACCGUGCAACGACAUGAGCGCCUGCGUCGACGCACCCAGUGGAGCGGGCUAUCUCUGCAAAUGCCAUGAAGGGUACGAAGGGAAUCCGUACGUCAGAGACGGAUGUGAAGAUAUCAACGAAUGCCGGGAUCCCUCUAGAAACAAUUGCACCUUACAGCGCUUCUGCCACAAUAUUCCGGGAGGCUUUAGUUGCUCUUGCCCUGAGAAUAUGACCGGUGACGGUUACAGGACAGGAACAAGCUGCAAGGACGGGCUUUUGCCAUCUGGUCCCCCUACGCAACAACCGCAAGGUCUCGGUGUGUGCAGUAACCCAGAAAAGAACCCCUGCACAUACAUUAAGUACUGCAUUGCUGUGCAAGGAGAAGGAAUUGCUUCCUGUGCCUGCCCUCAAGGCAUGAGUGGUGAUGGCCGGAAAAUGGGUAGUGGCUGUCAAAAGCCCUUUCCUCUGGUCACUGUUUUGGGUGCAGGUCUUGCACUUGUGGUUACAAUGACCACUGCAGUGUCGUGCUACUGCUGGGCCAUGAAGAAAGGAAAGGUGGAAAGAAAGAGAGCCGAGUUAUUCAGGAAGAAUGGAGGCUUGCUACUGCAGCAGAAAUUUUCAGCAAUCACAUCUCAACAGGAGGGCUUGUCAGCAAAGAUAUUUGGUGCAGAAGAGCUCAAAACUGCUACUGACAACUACAGUGAGAGUCGAAUCCUUGGCCGAGGUGGACAUGGUAUAGUGUACAAGGGUAUUCUUCCAGAUAAAACAGUGGUCGCCAUAAAGAAGUCCAAGGUGUUUGACGAGAGCCAGGUGGAGCAAUUUGUCAAUGAGAUCACCAUAUUAUCACAGAUUGAUCACCAAAAUGUUGUCAAGCUUCUGGGGUGCUGUCUAGAAACACCAGUUCCAUUGUUGGUUUAUGAAUUCAUACCUAAUGGAACACUCUUCCAGUACAUCCACAACAGAAAUGUGCCUCACCCUCUAACAUGGGAAGAUAGCUUAAGGAUAGCAGCAGAAAUUGCAGAAGCACUUGCCUAUCUGCACUCCACGUCUUCUAUACCAAUCAUACACAGAGACAUCAAAUCAAGCAACAUACUGUUGGAUGAGAACUUCGUGGCCAAAAUAUCAGACUUCGGUGCAUCAAGAUCAGUCCCAUUUGAUCAAACUCAUGUGACAACUCUUAUUCAAGGGACUAUUGGAUACCUUGAUCCUGAAUAUUUCCAAAGCAGCCAACUCACUGAGAAGAGCGACGUUUACAGUUUCGGGGUAGUUCUUGCAGAGCUAUUGACCAGGCAGAAACCUAUUUCUGUAGCCAGGCCGGAAGAAUCACGUAACUUGGCUAUGUACCUGGUGAUUCUGUUUAAUGAAGCGCGCCUACUUCAGGAGACAGAGCCACACAUUUUGGCAGAAGCAGGUGAAGAGCAACUGUAUGCCAUUGCAGAGCUUUCAGUAAGGUGCUUAAAUUUGAAGGGAGAAGAACGGCCUGCUAUGAAGGAGGUGGCUUCAGUUUUAGAUGGCCUGAGAAGGUCAUUCACCAUGGAGCAGACUAUCAGAAGAAAUGAUGAGUCGGUACACAAAAAUAAUGAACAAGUGGAAGAUCACCUUAUACAUGAGACCAGACCGAUUUCCAACCAGAAUUCUUCAGAAAUAAGUGCACAGUGCAGCAUGGAGGCUGAAAUCCUAUCUUCUUCUCAUAUGCCAAGAUGAUGUUCCUAUUACAGUAGACAGAAAAUGUACAAUAUAAUUAUGAAGUUAUUGUGUAGAACUGUUCAAACCACUAUUAGGUCACCACUCACCAGUAACUGCAGAGAAGUCUUCGCAGUCCCAACUCUGGGGUCAGAUCCAAUUAUAGCAUAAAGCCUUGAAAUGGUACUGUUAAAUUAGGUUCCUAGAAUUUGGUUUUAAGUCAAGCCGUCCAAAUCUGGCCACCAUGUAUCUGAAUUCCGAAGUCAUAUAAGAAUCUACAUUGUCUAGUCACACCUAAUUAGUUAACGAUCCAACUGUGGGUGUCCUCUUGUCAUUUGUCACCCUUUAACCCAACAGAAUCAAGCCCGGUUUG